AUGGGUGGAUUCGGCUCCAAGCCAGCUCUUCCAAUAAACGCUCUUCACUUUCGAGUUUACUCUUUUCAUAAUCAAGACACAUACCAAAGAUGCCUCGAUUAUGCUAACGCCAUGUCAGCUCUUGUCGAACAAGCGGCAGUGACUAGACUCACCGAUGAUCUCACUUUUAUCGCCUGCUACAGGGCCAACCCUUACAAGAAAAAGGAUAUCAAGCUUUUUCAGGAGGAAAUCAAGAAUUUCGUAGGACCGCAAUACAGCGUAGACUAUAGUCGAAAUUAA